AUGGAGAGAUUUAGUUGUUGGGUAACUUCUCAAGGUUGGUUAUUUCUACUUGAUCCUCUUUCAUUAAGAACUGUUUUAUGGGACCCCAUAACCUUGAGGAAGGUUAAACUACCACCUAUGGAGCUCGACUUAGCAAAACAAUGCAAGUGCAUACUUUCAGCACAGCCUACUGAUCCAAACUGUUUUGGGGUAAUUAUAGAUCGUACAAAUAGCAUCUUCUGGUAUUGCCAUUCUAGAGAGAACAAGUGGGUCAAAUACAAGUGUCCCAUCUCAAAAAUAAACUUGGAAAGCAUAGUUCUUAUGAAGAGCAACAUUUAUCAUUAUGAUUUUUGCAAUGAAAAUCUGGUGAUAUUCGGAUUUGGUUCAUCCUUGGAUGUUACAACUUUGCCGGUAAAGAGAUGCAAGUUUCCAGCGGGCCUUUAUAUGCGACAACACUAUUUAUUGGAAUCUCGCGGGGAUUUGUUUCUGGUGUUUUUUUGGUUUCUGAGAUGUACUCUUAGAACAAUUGCCCAUAUCUGCGUCUGGAAGAUGGAUUUAUCAAAGCAAGCGUGGUUCCCGGUAGAAAGUCUUGACGACCGGGUGUUCUUUGUGAGCGGAAUGUCCGGAUUUGCCGCAUCGCGUUCUGCGAGAGAGCUUGGUGUUAAGAGCAACUGCAUCUAUUUUGUGAAUUCUGAUGACAAGUACUUACAUAUCUUUGACAUGGAAGAAGGGACCAUUGCUACCCACAACCCGUGCCCGAAUCCGAAUCUCAAUGUCUCUUGGUGCGAACCUUUCUUCAUGAUGCCUAUCAGUCGUUGA